CAUUUCUAACCUUGUCUUGCAAAUAUCAACUAGUGUACAAGCAUCAAUAGCUGGUAGAGAUUUCAAGCAUCUUUCUUCAAAUUCUACCCUUGAUGAGGACAAGAAGCAACAAAUAAUCAGUGAAAGAUGAAAUGGUACCACAAUACCAAAUGAAGACGAUUUUUCUACAAUCUUCAGAUUGCUGUUAUGAACCACAGAUGAUUCAGGGAUUCUCCAGGUUAAAGUCAUAAAAUAGACCCAAAGAAAAGAAAGAAAGAAGGAGAAAAAAAGAACUCCUCUAUGCUGUAAGUACCGCAACAGCAAAAAUCAGUAGAUUCUUCCUCAUCAAUCUCACGUAUCAAGAAAGCAAAAGAAGACAGAGUAUUCAGACUGGUAUGUUCAUUUUUUAAUCUUCUUUUCAUUAACUAAUAGUUUACCUGUAGGAAUGGGCUUCUGUCCUGAAGCUACUACUGAUUGGUUUCAAAUUUACAAUGGGGAAAGCAAGAAACAAAAGUCAAGUCCAAUUGUGAUGGCCAACUUAGCUAUUCCCACAAUUGAUCUCUCUCCUUUCUUCAACAAUGAAGAUGCUGAGAACAGCAAGAAGAGAGUUAAAGAAAUUAUUCGCCAAGCCUGCUCUGAAUAUGGCUUCUUCCAGAUUGUGAACCAUGGGGUACCCCUGGAUUUGUUAAGCAGAGCAAUGGAGCUCUCAAAGGCAUUUUUCAGGUUCUCAGAUGAGGAGAAGCUCGAGUGUAAUCCUAAUGCCGGAGCACCUCUUCUGGCCGGUUAUAGCAAGCAGCCUGAGAUAUCACCUGACAAGAAUGAAUACAUUCUCAUGUUUCCACCUGAAACUGGCUUCAAUAUACUGCCCAGUAAUCCGCCUGAUUUCAGGGAAGCAAUGGAAGAGUUGUUCAGUUAUUUCACCAAGGCUGGUCAAUUGGUAGAGAGCAUCAUGAAUGACUCUCUUGGUCUCCCUGAAAACUUCCUGAAAGAGUACAAUAAUGAUAGGAGCUGGGAUUUUAUGGUGGCUAUGCACUAUUUUCCAGCUACUGAAUCUGAGAACAAUGGAAUAACGCCACAUGAAGAUGGAAACACCGUAACAUUCGUUGUUCAAGACGAAGCUGGAGGACUUGAAGUUUGCAAGAAUGGAGAAUGGAUUCCAGUGAUCCCUGAACUGGGCAAAAUAGUGGUCAAUCUAGGUGAUUCAAUUCAGGUGAUGACCAACAAAAAGUUUAAAAGUGCAACUCACAGAGUUGUAAGGCCUAAAGGAAGAAGCAGACACUCUUUUGCAUUCUUCUAUAAUAUACAAGGAGACAAGUGGGUAGAACCAUUGCCACAAUUCACUAAAGAGAUUGGAGAGACAGCAAAGUACAGGGGGUUCUUCUACAAGGAUUACCAGGCAUUGAGAAUGAGAAACAAGACUCAUCCAUCAGCAAGACCCGAAGAUGCCAUCAACAUCACUCAUUAUGAAAUUUCGACCUCAUGAAGCACGAGUUUUACAUGUUGCCUACAUGAAAUAUAAAUAAAUUAGAUCAUCAUUGUGCACUUUUGGGGAGAAAAUGCUUAUCAGGACAUGCAUGUAUAAGUAUGAGAUUUUGCAUUGAAAAUAUGAUUCUGUUUGAUGUUAGUGUCUGUGUGUAAGUCAUAUCAUUGCUUCAGUUUUUAUAUUAUUAGCUAAAAGGUACAAGAAGAUCUCACUGAAGUUAAAAUCCUCACUUAAUGUGGAAAAGAGCGGAGACUGCACUAAAAAAUGAUAAAAAUUACAGGGAUACACAGUGCUCUUUGAUUCCUUGCAAUCAAGUAGCAGCUUUUAGUAAUCAUAGUAUUAGUUUAUCUUAAUCUUCUACAGCCCCCUGAAACCUCAAACAUGAAAAUAAGCGGUGCAAAAGCUUUUAAAAAAAAUAUCAGCUAAUUGGUAAGUAGAGCUAACAUAUUGUGUCCCAACUCCCCAGUAGUCGUUGAUAGGUUAUAAUUUUAUCAUUUAUUUUAUUGUUAAUU